AUGACCACCACCGAGCUCCCCGCUUCAGACGUCAACGCCUACGACUUCCUGAUCGUAGGCGGUGGCACUGCGGGCUGUGUAGUAGCCUCCCGCCUCUCCGAAUACCUCCCCAACAAGCGCGUCCUCCUCAUCGAAGCCGGCCCGUCAGAUUACCAAGAUGACCGAGUCCUCCUACUCAAAGAUUGGCUGAGUCUGCUCGGCGGCGAACUCGACUACGACUACCCCACCACCGAGCAACCCAAUGGCAACUCCCACAUCCGCCAUUCCCGCGCAAAGGUCCUCGGCGGCUGCUCCUCCCACAACACCCUCAUCUCCUUCCGUCCUUUCGAGUAUGAUUGCAAUAGAUGGGUGGAGCAAGGCGCCAAAGGCUGGGACUUCAAAAUGUUCACCCGCGUCAUCGACAACCUGCGCAACACCGUGCAGCCCGUGCAUACCCGGCAUCGCAACCAGCUGUGUCUGGAUUGGGUCAAGAGCAGCUCCAAAGCCAUGGACAUCCCCUUCAUCGAAGACUACAACCAGGUCAUCCGCGACAACGGCUCCAUCAAGCAGGGCGUCGGCUUCUUCAACGUCUCCUACAACCCCGACGACGGCCGCCGCAGCAGCGCCAGCGUCGCCUACAUCCACCCCAUCAUCCGCGGCGACGAGAAGCGGCCCAAUCUCACCAUCCUCACCAACGCCUGGGUAAGCAAGAUUAACGUCGCCGCCGACAAAGUCACCGGCAUCAACAUCACCCUGCAAGACGGCACCAAGUACACGCUCAAGGCCAAAGCGGAAACCAUCCUGUGCGCCGGCGCCGUCGACACCCCCCGCCUUAUGCUCCUCUCCGGCCUCGGGCCCAAACAGCAACUCUCCGACCUCGGCAUCCCCGUCGUCCACAACCUCCCCGGCGUAGGCGAGAACCUCCUCGACCACCCGGAAAGCAUCAUCCUCUGGGAACUGAACAAGCCCGUCCCGCAAAACCAAACAACAAUGGACUCCGACGCCGGCAUCUUCCUGCGCCGCGAAGCGCCCAACGCCGCCGGCGCCGACGGCGACAUCGCAGACAUCAUGGCCCACUGCUACCAAAUCCCCUUCGUCUUCAACACGUCGCGCCUAGGCUACGACAAGCCCAAAGACGCCUUUUGCGUCACGCCCAACAUCCCCCGCCCCCGCUCCAAGGGCCGCAUCUACCUCACCAGCGCCGACCCGGCCGUCAAACCCGCCCUCGACUUCCGCUACUUCACCGACCCCGAAGGCUACGACGCCGCAACGCUGGUAUCAUGCUUCAAAGCCGCGCGCAAAAUCGCCCAACAAAAGCCCUUCGCAGACUGGAUCAAGCGGGAAAUCGCGCCCGGCCCGGCGAUCCAGUCCGACGAGGAGCUGAGCGAGUACGGGCGGCGCGUGGCGCAUACCGUCUACCAUCCCGCCGGCACGACCAAGAUGGGCGAUGUGCGCAGCGAUGAGCUGGCGGUUGUCGACCCUGAGCUGCGCAUUCGCGGUUUGCGCGGCGUGCGCAUUGCGGACGCUGGUGUUUUCCCUGAGAUGCCGUCGAUCAAUCCCAUGCUUACUGUGCUUGGCAUCGGCGAGCGGGCGGCGGAAUUGAUUGCGCAGACGUGGGGAUGGAAGGGGUUGGAGAAGCAGAAGCUAUGA